AGUUUUUCACCGGAAGUUGACAACGACCUAUACUUGCCUGAAUGCUCCGUGGCAUACUGCAACCAACACAGCCUGUACAGUGCCGGUGACUUCAUACUUUAACAACGGCUCUAAGGUCAAACACAACUGGAUAAAGACACAAAAAGGUGAGUACUUGUCUUUUUUUAAUUUGGAAGCUGCCGAUCGGCUCUGAAUGCAGCUCUUUAAUAACCAGUAAACGCAGUGAAUCUUAAAACCUAGCAUUGCUAGCCGCAGAAGUCUGUCUGCAUCCUGUUUGGGUUUUUCAAAAUAAGUGUACUCAGAUUUUCCUCAUCCAGACACGGUUCUUGAGAGUUCAGGGUGAUGAAGAGCGUUUUAAACUCAGCUGUUAUGGUUAGCGAGCGAUAAUGAACCAUUCCAGCUGAGCUCUGAUCUCUCUGUUGUCAUAGUAGCUUAAAUGUACCAAACAUGUGUGAUGCUGGGGGAAUAUCAUUAAAGUUACUACUGGACAGCUGUAUGUCUUAAGUCUGCAUCCGUGGGUGUUUUUGUAUGAGACAUACUCAGACGAAUACUUCGGAGAAUGCUUUUAUUCUGAAAACCACGAUCCUUUACCGGUUAUGAAUCCAGUAUUUCGCUUUGGAGCUCGCCCACCAGGUCUUCUUGGUACAGUUUAGCUUUGAGCUAAUGUUUCAGGUGAAACUAGACCCCUCUGCCUCUACAGAAAACCUCAAAUGGUUUUGAUUUUUUUUUCUGAAUCAAAUAAUGAUGAGAUGUUUAUUAGAAAACAAAAAGACUAACUGCCACCACUUUACUCGAGGAUUUUUGACUGAUGGUGUAUUUCUGUUGUUUCUUUUUAGGAUUAACACAAGACAAAUGAAUAAAGAGAUCAACAAAUCCAAGCCAAGAACCAAGAUUAGCACCGUCACAUGACAGAAUUGCUACCUAGGCCUCAAAAAAGAUGUGCAGUGGCACAUUGUAAGUAAUGUAAUCUCAAGGGGAAGGGAAUGACGACUUGUCAGCUACAGCUUUCAUGUUAGAGUGAUGCCCAGGCGAGGGCUGCCACUCCAGGGCCGGGUCCGCUGGCUCUUCCUGGGCCUUUUGCUACUUCUGGUGCUGAUGCUCUUUGCCUACCUCCUGGAAUGCACCCCUCCUGCAGAUGUCAGCCUGGUCCUACCAGGUUUAGCAGGGGAGACCUAUGGCAAAGAGUACUACCAGGCCCUGCUGCAGGAACAGGAAGAGCGCCACCUAAAUCGUGCUGCCAGUCUCAAGCGCCAGAUUGCUCAGCUCAAACAGGAGCUGCAGGAAAUGAGCGAGAAGUUAAAGCUUCUACAGGACAAGAAAGAGCUCCCUGGGGUGCAAGGCUUGGUGGAGACUAAAGACCAAGAGCCAGGAGAUCUGUUGGAGUACCUGCACUCACAGAUUGACAAAGCAGAGGUCAACACUGCUGCACGCCUCCCCAGUGAGUAUGCUCUGGUGCCUUUUGAGAGCUUCACCCUGUCCAAGGUGUACCAGCUAGAGAUGGGACUUACACGGCACCCAGAAGAGAAACCUGUCCGAAAGGAUCGCAGAGAUGAGCUGGUGGAGGUCAUUGAGGCGGCGCUGGACAUCAUCAACAACCCUGAUGAGGAGGAUGGUGUCGAGGAAGACAUGCCGAUGCGCAGACAAACCUACACAGAGGGUCACUUUACUGAAGGUAAACUCUACUUGAUGUGACUAAAGCCUGAUCAACGUUAUAACUUCUGUUUGUGUAGCAUUCACUCUCAUUCUGUCUAACAGGACUGUACAGGACAGAGCGAGACAAAGGGACACUUUACGAGCUCUUCUUUGCCAAAGAUGAUUCUACCAGCUUUCGUCAUGUCACUCUGUUCAGGCCGUUUGGCCCAUUGAUGAAAGUCAGGAGUACGUCUCUAGAAACAUCCGAACUGAUCAUCAACAUCAUUGUACCUCUGGCAGGCAGGGUGGAUACUUUCUCACAGUUCCUACACAACUUCAGGUAAGGACUAGGAAGAGAUCAUGAAAACUUUCUGACUUCAAAUGAACAGGCAGUGGAAAUAAGUGUUGACCACGUCUUUGUCAGCUUUUUGUUACAAAAAAUGACCUUUGGGGUCUUUUCAUUCAUGUGAAAAAUUGAUGUUUGUCUCUAGAGAGGUGUGCAUACAGCAGGACAGACAAGUCCACCUCACAGUGGUUUAUUUUGGACAGGAAGGUCUCCAGGAGGUGAAGUCAUCGUUGGAAAAACUGUCCAGGUUUGUUUUUGAACCGAGACAGUUUUACAUGUUUCUUUUUUUCAUGACAGACUGUUUUAAUUUACAGAUAAUUUGGGAUUUGAUUAUGAAACUAGCACAUCUUUUGUUUUUCAGAGACGAGAAAUUUUCCAACUACACUCUGAUCCCAGUUGAUGAGGAGUUUUCACGUGGUCGAGGUCUGGAUAUUGGAGCCCGUGCCUGGAAGAAGGGCGACGUCCUGAUGUUUUUUUGUGAUGUUGAUAUCCAUUUCACUUUGGAAUUCCUCAACACCUGUCGCCUCCUAACUGCUCCAAGUAACGUUUCUUUGUUACUGUAUGUAUUUUCAUUAGACUUGUCUACAUUUGACUUUAUUGUCUCUAAUAUACUUCCUUCUACCUCUUUAGAUAAGAAAGUCUUCUAUCCAGUGGUGUUCAGUCUGUACAAUCCUGCUGUUGUCUAUGGAAAUUUGGAGCUGGCUCCACCCAUUGAACUCCAACUGGUAAGGGCUGAAAAUCCACUCUCUGCAGCCUCUGUAUGAACAGACCCUGCCAAUCGUAAUGCUGACUUUAUUUGUGUAGCACUUACAGAAACAGUGAUUGAAAAGGUACUUUAACAAUGUGCAUGAAUAAGACAAAGCGUAAGAACAGAGAAAGAAGGCAAAACCCCUACACAAAGGAGAAACCCAUGAAAGUUCACCUGAACAACACAAGAGCCCAGAAGACGCAUGAAGACACUCAAAGCAUCUCAUGUCCUGUUGUUAUCUUAUGUUCCCCUGUUCCCAGAUUCACAGGGGAACAUAAGUUGAAGUAAAGUGUGACUGUUUCAAAACUGUCAUCACUGAAUGUAGGACACUCCUGAAUGUUUGUCCACUGAAAGUCUAUCCUAACACAUUCAGAUAAUCUCUCAUGACCCUGAUUUUAACAUUUUUAGUUCAACCAAAUCCACGUUUUUCUUUCUUGUCUUGUUGUGAAGUACAGAACAAUUUUUGUCUUCUUUUUUUUUUUUAACAGAUUCACAAAAAAGAUGCUGGAUUUUGGAGAGAUUUUGGUUUUGGAAUGACAUGUCAGUAUCGCUCAGAUUUCCUCAAUAUUGGUAAGAACUCAUCACUAAAUUGUUUUCAUAAUUAAUUCACUUAAACUAGCAACAUGAAGCCACAGCUUAAAAACUGAUUAUCUACCCUCUAGGUGGGUUUGACCUGGAAGUCAAAGGCUGGGGUGUAGAGGAUGUCCACUUGUACAGGAAGUAUCUUCGGAGUGACCUUAUAGUAGUUAGGACACCCGUGUCCAGUCUUUUUCACCUGUGGCACGAGAAGCAAUGUGCAGAUGAGCUGACUCCCGAGCAGUAUCGCAUGUGCAUACAGUCCAAAGCUAUGAACGAGGCCUCCCACCCUCACCUGGGCAUGUUGGUUUUCCGUGAGGAGAUCGAAUCUCACCUACGAAAGCAGGCCUACAAGACUCAGAGCAAAGCAGAAGACUGAGCUGACCCUGAAGUACCCAAACAUGAUCUCACCCCUAGACACUGUGAGGUGCUGACAUUGUUACUAAACUGCAGAAAAGACCUGUUUACUUGGAUCUAUCUACAUUUCACCGCACAAUUGCAGACAAAUGAAUGUAAAAAAACAUUUGAUCAAUGUGAAACUUUGACACGUGGUACCAGUCUUACUGACGACUGACGGUAGUAAGAAAUAGGAAGGCUUAAUCCAACAUUUUUUACCCUUCUAAAGACGGUGUCCUUCAACAGCUGAUUUAUCGGUUUCAUGUAGGCUAAAAGGGUUUUCUAUGUCUUGACAUUGAUUCACUACAAUUCUCUGAGGCCACAGAAUGCCUCAUUGUACCAUCUUACCUUCUUUAAACACAGCAGCCAGUUUCUUUACCAUUUCAGUUUUUUUAACCACAUUAUUUCCUAUUCUGCCAAAUAUUAUCUCAGUUUGUUUGACAUUUGCUGGUUAAGCUGAUUUCAACAUGACAGAAAAACUUCGAGCAAGAGAAAACGGACAAGAUUCAGCAGCAUUGAAAUGCAAAACUUGACCAGUAGAUGAGUCCAGCUGUAGGACUUUUAGUUUACUGCAGAUGUAAAGAAAAAACUUUUUGCUUUUAAAAAAUGGAUAUUAAAAAUUAGAGUGACUGCACAAAAACCAGCUAGUAUCUACCGAUUCCAGCUUUUAUGCAAGUAAGAGAUCAGAGCUAUUUAUUGUUGCCAUUGAGUUACUGAACACUACUGUUCCUGAUGGAUUGAACAGGACAAAAAGGGACCUUUUCUGUGUUUCAUGUGAUACUUAGUUACUAUUCCUCUGUGGUUUCUUCAAAGUUUCACAGAGAGGCAAUUUGUUCAUGUAGAUUUAGCAUUGCAGAGAUGUGUCCACGGACAGGGAUUAUUAUUAUUAUUAUUAUUGAAGUAAUGGAUUCAUCACUUGAGCCCAGGGAGACAGCUCACAACACAGUCUUAAUACUGGACUGAGAUUGUAUAAGGCUGACUGUUCCAGCCGCAUGUGUAAAUACUUUUCUAACAUGGUUUGUUUUAUACUAAGGAGUUGCAUACUUUGAUUGUAUGUGCCUACAUGCUUGCAGUGAUAGGAAAUCUCAAAGCUUUGCCAAGUGUUGCAGGUCUGUUUUUAUUUUAUGUUAAUAGAGGAGAGAAUAUACAUGUAAGUCAGUAACUGAGAGUGGAACAAAGACCAGACUAAAGUCCGUUUUCUUUUCUUAUAAUGAAAGCAUGUCAUUUUCCCCCUGUGAUAUAAUUCUUUUAAUAAAAGUUUCCAGUGAAAAUCUUCAAGUCUUCACUCUUCAGGGCAAAGACAUCUUCCUCCCACUAACAAACAUUCAACUUGAACAAGAAGCUGUUUCGAGAAAGAAUUUAUUUUGAGAUUUUGGCUAUGAAAUAAAGUUAAACUC